AUGAGCAAGCUCUAUCGAAUGCGACUGAUCAAGAGCAAAAGGAAAAAUGGGAUCCAGAAUCAUCUCUACACCAAGACGAGCAAGAACGGAACCUUAUCAAAGCCUGGAUCCACCUCGCUUUACCGCGAGCGAUGCGACGAUGUACCUCUUCCUCAACACAUUCCGUCAAAUCUGUCAGUCUUCGAGAAGCGCCGUAAAGUGACAGAUUCAGGCGAGUGGAAUCGUGCUGCUGGUGUUAUAUGGAUUCGAACAUGGUAUGGCAUUGAAGCAUCUCUGGGGGAAGGAUCGGGCAAAGACAUUGUCACACGUGCGAGUGCCGACGAAGCAUACUCUCGACUAUGGCGGAAAGCCUUGCAUCCUUAUCAGCUCCAUUACAAAUUCGAUGCGGACAUGUUUGGGCCUUUCAUCUUCGAUGACAACGGUGCCGCGUAUGGAGUGGAAGCACGGGACGCAGACGAUGAAGUGGAGCUGAUGGAUGAUAUACCCUCCUUCAUCUUAGGCGCCCUAAUGCGAUGUCCCGAUGUGAUGGAAGGAAGUAGUGAGCGUGAGAUAAUGGAGGAGGACGAUCACACAGAAUUGGCACAAAGCUUACUUGUCGUAGUCGCGGACCGCGAGGCAUGCGAGGAGGGAUGGGUACUGCUGAUUGCCCUGAACCAUAGAGGUCAGGCGUUGCACUUGCGUGUACGGUGCAAGGCUUACCUGGUUUGGGAGCAGGUCAAUCAUUUUAGAGAUGGAGGCCUGCCGUUGGAUAUCGCGGGUAGCAAAGAGAAUCUCAUGGACUACCUGGAUGGCAAUCGAUCAGGUGAUGGAUGGGAUGAGGACGAACCCCAGGAUUAG